CUUGAAGACAAAAUGCAAUGUGUCAGACCAAUUCAGACCACUCCACCGAAGCACAUCUCAAUUGCAGUACCUGCUACUCGUCUGCUGACAAAAUAAGCUCUGCCACAGUCUGAAAUAUGAAUAACUCAACUGAUUACUGGACUGGGGAAGAAGAGGAUGAUCUCAACCAUGUUAUUGAUUACACUUCAUACGAACUUCUCUGUGAGAAAAGCGAUGUAAGGAAGUUCACCAAAUUAUUCCUUCCUGUGUUCUAUGCACUGGCUUUCACCGUCGGAGUCGCUGGAAAUUCAUUAGUGGUUGCAAUUUACGCCUAUUGCAAGAAACCGAAGACUAAGACAGAUGUGUACAUCAUGCACCUCGCCAUCGCCGAUUUGCUCCUGCUCUUCACCCUCCCUUUUUGGGCUGCAAGUGCAGUGCAGGGGUGGGAACUUGGAAACUCACUGUGCAAGCUCACUUCUUCUCUGUACACCAUGAAUUUCAGCUCCAGCAUGCUGUUCCUGGCCUGUAUCAGUGUUGACAGAUACAGGGCCACUUCUGAAUCCCAGGGCCGUAGAACAAUCGGCAAAUACUGCAGCGUUACCUGCAUCUGUGUCUGGUUGUCUGCCAUUUUCCUCAGUAUCCCUGAACUGGUAUUUAAUCAGGUCAAGAAACACAACGACAGGAACGAAUGCCUUCCUGUAUUUCCAACGAACAUGGAAACACUCUUAAAGUCAACCAUUCAAAUCCUGGAAAUUAUCCUGGAAUUUCUGCUUCCUUUCCUAGUAAUGCUGAUCUGCUAUUCCGCUACCGCUCGGGCAAUCUUUAGAUCUGCAAAUGUUAAGAAGUCUAGACCUUUCGUGGUUCUGCUGGCAGUAGUGGCUGCUUUCAUAAUCACUCAGCUACCUUACAACAUUGUGAAGUUCUGGCGAGCCAUAGAUAUCAUCUAUAUGUUGAUUACUGACUGUGAUGCAAGUAAAACCAUAGAUGUUGCACUCCAGGUCACCAAGAGCAUAGCUUUGUUUCACACCUGCCUGAACCCUCUUCUCUACGCCUUUCUGGGUGCUUCUUUUAAAAUGCAUAUUAUGAAAAUUGCAAAAAAUUAUGGGUACUGGAGAAGACAACAGCAGAAUGGAAGACACGAAGAAAUUUCUAUGAAUUACGAAGACCAGACUGAAGAAACAAUUAGUUUCACUAUAUAGACUCUCCAUUACUUUCCACAUCAUAUAUAACCAAGAGAUUUGAUCACUAAUUCUAGGGAGGUAUUGUUUCAGCAUCUGUUUCUCUGCAGGUCAACUUUCAGAUGAAUUUUUGAACCUGUACACUAGCCAAGACACUACAGUGCAGCUCAAAGUGGAACAGGUUUAUCAGAAUGAUGCAUCAUACAAGGACUAGAUACUGAAAUUCCUAGAAACAACUAGAGAUACUUACUAAACAACAACAAAAACUCAAACAAAAAAACCCCACCACAACACAACCCAAACACCUAAAAAAGCCAAGACUGAGAUUUUAACAUGGCUGUGUAAUGAACAAUCUGUACAAGUGUAAACAUCUAAUUAAAACAGAGAAGGAAACCUUCAUCAAUAAAACAGCAGUACAGGAACUUUUGUACCAAAAUUUAAUACUCUUGUGUUUCUUCUAUCUUGUAAAACUUUAGAACAUCUGCCUAAUAACCGAGAUCCAUUUUUCAACUCAACUAUCAUUCCAUAUCAUUCCUUGCAUCUUGAAAUUAUACGUAAAUUUGUGGCUGAGAGUUGAGAGGAAUAGAGGGGGAGAAAAAGUCAUUCUCUGUGUGCUUCCAUGUAUGUAUAGCAAUGACAACAUCCUCCACAAAAAGCAGCGACACCUUCUCCAUCACUACAGAAAAAUGACUUUUCACCUCUCCUUUUCUGCUUACCCUCAACUUCAACAAGGUCAGUGCUCUAUGGGAGGCACAUUCUAGAUCUCUGUAAAUGUAAGAAAAAGUUAAGGUAAUCUCCAGAUACAGGGCUUGGAAUUUCUAUUUAGAAUUUUUAAAUUAAUCAAGCACUGCAAUAACUGUAUCUGCUAAAAUACAUGGAGAUUCAAUAAAGUCAAAGAAUAAAAAAAUGCACUGGCUUCUGUUUAUUUGCUCUUUAUGUUUGGUUUGUUUUGUUUUAGUAGGUACUGGCAUCUCUCAUCAUCAUAGGCAUUUACCGACCAGCAAAAAGUAGAAACCCUGCUUGACAAAUCAGAGAGGCUCUGUCUCUAUAUGGAGCUCAUGGAUUUAUGGUUUUCACACAGAGAGGUAUCAAAGCUGUCUCCUGCCACAGUGUUGGCAGGGAUUCCAGGAAAACAGCAGUUUUCUGUGAGCCACUGGAAGAAUUUCAAAUACACUGACAUAUUAGCUUAGCUUUCAAAAAGGAAAAUGUGGUGUUGCAGCAUAUUGUCCUUGUCUUCAAACAUCCUGUGGGCUCUGACAAAAUGCCUGAUCUACGGCUUAUGAAAGCCAAAAAGAAUCAUUUUUAGACACUGUUCCUAGUUACACAACUGUGAACUGGAAGGAAAAGCUCCAAAAUGACAGAAAACAGGAGCACAAACAAGACAUGAACCUCUUCUCCCUGUUUGGAUGACAAAAGCUUGCAGAAUUUCUGCCCAGUGUUUUGAGAAAUACGAUGGCAUGAAUGGGUAAGUCAGAAGUGCCUGACAGAAGGUCUACAAAUGCACCAUAAAUCUGACAUAUUUAAGCCAUAGUGGAUUUACUGUACACAUGCAGAACACCCAUGCAGAGUAUGGAAAGAAACUCCAGUUCUUUCACAAAGUAACUGACUCCUUGCAUGUGUGAUUCAUGGCUUGUCUUAACAGAGUGGCUGCUCACAGGCCAACAUUCUGAUCAGGCUAUCAGGCUUCUGGAAUUGCCAAACAUCCAACAUCCUAAUGUUCCACUCAGAGUAAAAAGGAAAAAAACCAAAAAAAAACCCAACCAAAAACAA